CGGCUGUCCAGUCCCUGCGUCACACAUUUCGGACUCCUCUAGCUUUUCAUCCUGCGUUUGCGAAACCGACGUGUGCAUGGAAUAUCGCCUUAUGGAAUACAUUGUCCACAGCCGCACUUCCCACAGUCCCCACACAACAACGCCAUGUCCAGGAUCGAGAAGCUUUCCAUCCUUGGUGUCCGGUCCUUUGGGCCGCAGCACCAAGAGACCAUCGCUUUCAAUACUCCCCUCACGCUAAUUGUUGGCUACAAUGGGUCGGGAAAGACGACCAUCAUCGAGUGUCUCAAGUAUGCCACCACCGGCGAGUUGCCACCCAACAGCAAGGGCGGCGCCUUCAUCCACGAUCCUGAUCUGGCCGGAGAGAAAGAUGUCCGUGCCCAAGUCAAAGUCUCAUUCCGCUCGACCGUAGGCGAGUCCUACGUCGUCACACGCAACGUACAGCUCAUGGUCAAAAAGACCACGAGAUCCCAAAAGACCUUGGAGGGGAGCCUGCUGCUGCGGAACAACGGCGAACGUCACGUCAUCUCUACCCGGGUCAUGGAGCUCGAUAGAUUGGUUCCUGAAAAACUCGGCGUCUCUCCAGCCGUUCUCGAUGCCGUCAUAUUCUGCCACCAGGACGAAUCUCUGUGGCCCAUGAGUGAACCAGCUGCCUUGAAGAAGCGAUUUGAUGAAAUUUUUGAGGCCAUGAAGUACACUAAAGUGAUCGACAAUCUGAAGGUCCUUCGCAAGAGGAAAGGAGAGGAGCUCAGAGAACUCAAACUACAAGAGGCACAGGACAAGGCGAAUAAGGAGAGGGCAGAGAAGGUUGACAGGCUCAUGGCCCAGCUCACUAGGGAGAUACAGGAGGCGCGAGACAAGUGCGAUGAGCUUCUCCACCAGAUGGACGAGGAAUCCGUCAGGAUCAAAGAGAACUCGAGUACAAGAAGGAUGCAAUUGAGGAACUGCGGGGCCGUAUCGAAGAGCUGCCAGAGUCUGAUCAGAUCCUGAGAACCACUCUUGACGAGUACGAGCAGACAAUCCAGAGGAUUAUUGCCGACAGAGACAAGAAAGCCGGACAAUUUCACGACGCCCAAGCCGAACUCAAGCUGACUAGAGAGAAACACACGGCUAAAACCGCAGAGCUAGGAAAGCAUCAGUCCGACAAGGACAAGUACGAGCGGCAGCUCGUUACGCGAGAUAGGAUGAUCCACGAGGCUGCUGAACGCCAUGAGAUUCGGGGAUAC